AUGUCGUUAGCAUCAACCAUUGUCGAGCAAAUUGCGCUCGAAAAAAUCUCUGAUACCACCUUCGUGUCAGCUUUCAACCCAGGUAAAAUGGGAAAUGAUCUCAAUAUCGCCUACGGUGGCUGCACCAUUUCUAUCGCAGUCAACGCAGCCUAUCAAACCGUUUCCUCCGGCUACCAUCUCUACUCAGUCCUGGGCAAUUACCUCGGCCCCGCAUUGACCAACCAAAAACUGCAUUGCACGGUUCGACGUAUUCGAGACACGAGGACAUUUGCAACCCGACAGGUGGACAUCACUCAAGAGCACGAUAAUGGCACCCAACGAUCAUGCCUUACCAUAAUUGCAGACUUCCAAGUACAAGAGCGAGGGUCUAUGUUGACUUAUUCUUCGCCUCCGGCAGCGAAGUACUCAGAUGUCGAAUCAAGCCCUACCAGAGAGACCAAUUGCGAAGCAUUACUGCGGACCGGUGAUAUAUCCUCGGAGAUGUUCCAGAGAAAUGAUACUCUCUUUGGUCUCAUGUCCCGCUUCUUUGAACAAAAGCCGGUACCUGAAGGCGUGACGAAGCAGACAAUCCACGGAAUUGGAAAGCAUCUCAGAACAACUCAAGACCAUCUGAGUCUCACAUCCAAGACAUCGGCGGAAUGGAUGCGGAGCAAAUCCCACAUUGAAACCGAAUCGCAGCAGCUCAGUGCCCUUGCUUUUCACAUGGACGAAGCGCUUUCAUUUUUACCUCUUACCCAUAGUCAUUUGUUUCUUGAGGAUGUGUCGGCCUGUGCUAGCCUGGAUGUUGCCCUGCGCCUGUUCUCAAACAAAGUUGAUCUAAAUGAAUGGCAUUUGAAAGAAAUGAAGACCAUCAGUGGGGGAGAAGGAAGGACCUAUAGCGAGGCGCGACUAUGGGAUCGGAAUGGUAACCUAGUAGCGUGUAUGACGCAACAAAAUAUCCUUCGACCCCACAAGCUAUAA